AUGGCUUACACCACAGCGACCUCACCACCGGCUCUGGAUGCCGACACCCACCCUAGUUUAACACUAGCCACCUCUCUCAACCGAUCAAAAUCUCUCCACCAAGUCAUCACUACUCUGCCCGCUGGGCAAAAUCCUUCAUUAACGCCCUCUUCUACCUCCCCUACAUCUUCUACUCCCGCCUCUGCAUAUUUCGCACCCCCCACACCGAACAGCUUCACUCCCGCCGGCACUCCUCUACAACCGCCGAGUGAGGGGCCUCGAGGCCGCAAUUUCGAGUAUGCUCUUCAAAUACCUGCUCCACUUGAGCUUGGCGAAUCCAUGAUCGCCAUUCCUAGUAACACUGGCUCCGCCAAUUCAGCCGACUGGAUGGCUCCGAGCUCCAAGGGACCAGGAUUGAUGCGGAGGAUAUCUCGAGGUGCGGCCAACAAACUCACUCGGAGGAGACAGUCUGCUACUCAGAAUGAUAAACGAGACCGAAGCUCCGGUCCCGUUAUCAUGCGCCGGCGUAGUGACAGCAAGACUGGUCCCCAGCCCGUUCGAGAGUCCGCAUUGGACUCGAGCAACGAGGAUGAGGCGAGCGAAGCAUUGGAUGGCCUGGGUGCGUGGGCUGGCUCCGAGCCCUCUAGCCUCCGCAGUGAAAGCCGGAUGGCAUCUGCACGUGAGGUUGGUGCCGCUGCGGCUGCCGUUGCUGCGGCCUCCGUCGUUGCUCCCAAGGUAGAUUCUGCGCUCCAGCGUGGAACUAUUUUGACAAAACUCACCAAGAAACGUCGCAAGCAAGUGCGCUUCUUCUUGGAUUUGGAUGCUGGAAAGGUAUUCUGGGAUCUUUCAAACCCCGCGAAGCGUUUUUAUAUCGAUGAUAUCAAAGAGAUUCGAGUGGGUGCUGACGCCCGCAAUUACCGCGAGGAACAUCAAAUCCCCGAGGAUGCGGAGCGUCGGUGGUUUACAAUUGUGAUCGCGGACUCUGGGAGCUUCAAGGGCCGGACAGUGAAGACCCUUCAUCUGAUUGCUCCCUCUGACCACGAUUUUGAAUUGUGGACUACCACUUUGGAACACAUUGCUCGGUAUCGAAUUGGUUUGAUGGCUGGCCUUGCUGGCUCAGGCCAAAGCGAGACUGUCAUCCAUGCUCAUUGGCAGCGUGAGAUGUCACGAUUGUUCCCGUUGGGGCCACGUCCAGGCGAAGAACAGGGCCUUGACUUCUCUGCCGUCGAGAGUGUUUGCCGCGGUCUCCAUAUCAAUUGCUCAAAGAACAUGCUUCGGGCACAAUUUACUAAAGCCGACGUCUCUCGCAGCAGCAAAUUGAACUAUUCUGAGUUCAAAGACUUUCUCACGCGCCUAAAGGAACGAAAGGAUGUCAAGGAGGUUUACAAGAGCCGUGCUCAGGAACCAAAGAGUGGAAUGACUCUCGAUGAGUUCUUGGGAUUCCUUCGCGACGUCCAGAAAGAAGAUGUCGAUUCCGAUCGCGCCUACUGGGUUGCGUUGUUCGAAAAAUUUGUUCGCCGAUCCAAACCUCGUGGUCCUGAUGUUCCCGAAUCAACGCCCCCUCCGACCGAAAUGAACCUUCUUACUUUCUCCUCUUAUUUGUCUUCCUCCAACAACGGCAUUUACGCAUCACGUGCUCCUCAGUCACGAUUCGACCGUCCAUUGAAUGAGUACUUCAUCUCAAGCUCUCACAAUACUUACCUCCUCGGUCGUCAAGUUGCUGGAGCUUCGAGUACGGAAGCGUAUAUCAGUGCUUUGCAGCAAGGUUGCCGAUGUGUGGAGAUUGAUUGCUGGGAUGGCGCCGAUGGCCGUCCAAUUGUAUCCCAUGGACGGACCAUGACCACCAGUGUGUUGUUUGCGGACUGCAUUACCGUCAUCAACCGAUACGCCUUCAUCUCGUCGGAAUUUCCCCUCAUCCUUUCCUUGGAGGUCCACUGCAAUCCGGAGCAACAGUUGGCUAUGGUCAAGAUUAUGAAAGAGACCUUCAAGGAACAAUUGAUCCUGGAGCCUAUCAUGACCAACUAUUUCAUUCUUCCAUCUCCGGAAGAGCUCAAGGGACGUAUUUUGGUCAAGGUCAAGACUUGUGACGAGACUCAAAAUGAUCCCCGCAUCGACACUACCAGCACUGUUGGCACCCAUGGCCGGAAGCGCAGCUCUAGUUCCCCCUUCGUCCGACCGACCCCUCCAGCCGAGUCUCUCAAUGGACCUAUCCAUUCCCUCUCAAGCCCCCCUACAAUCAUUGGAGGCACCAUGGAUGGCAUUGGUCCUCUGAUUUCUCAAGACAGACGCUCACUCACAGCAACCAGUAUCAGCAGUGCUACUGAGGAUAGUGAUGGGGGGUUGAUCUCUGCCCACAGUGAGAAGAAAAAGCGACGACGUCAAAAGAGCAAGAUCAGCAAGCCUCUCUCGGAUCUUGGUGUCUAUACUCGUGGCUACAAGUGGCACAGCUUCUCUUCCCCAGAAAGCCGGAAAUACAACCACAUCUACUCCUUCGCUGAAAGAUCGUUUGAAAGCAUUUGCCAGUCCCACGAUAACAAGGUUGCACUGGAAUCGCAUAACCGGAAAUUCCUCACUCGAGUCUAUCCUUCAGGAUUCCGACUUCGCUCGUCUAACUUUGACCCCAACAAGUUCUGGCGUCGUGGCGUUCAAAUGGCGGCAAUGAAUUGGCAGACCUACGAUAUCGGGAUGCAGAUGAACCAAGCCAUGUUCGCCGCUGGAACUGACCGUACUGGCUAUAUCCUCAAACCGGAGAGCCUGCGACUGCCAGUUCUUCGGGAUAACGAGAACCAGAAGCGCAAGAUGGAAAGACGAUUGGUUCGAUUCUCCGUUGAUGUGAUCUCGGCUCAGCAGCUUCCUCGACCUCGUACUAUCGGGCCAGAAGACAACAUCAACCCUUAUGUUGAAAUUGAGAUUUUCAGCGCUGAUGAUCGUGGUCAAAGCUUGGCCUUUGGCGAAGGUGGCAUGGAUGCCUCUGCGCGCAGUGGGAUGUCCGGCAUUGGAUACCCGCAUCGUCGCCGCACAAAGAUUGAGCAGAGCAACGGCUACAGCCCGGUCUUCAAUGAUCGGUUCAAGCUGUCCCUCGAGACUAAAUAUCCCGACCUGGUGUUCGUGCGUUGGACCGUCUGGAGUUCCUUAGACGGUCGCAGCGCUGGAAACAACAACAGCGUGCAACUAGCCACAUUCACUGCCAAACUCACCAGCCUGUCUCAAGGUUAUCGCUAUCUGCCUUUGUACGAUGUCAAGGGUGAUCAAUACUUGUUCUCAACGCUGUUUUGCCGGAUUUCUAAGGAGGAUCCUGUACCUGUCCAACGACUGGACUUGGAAGUGCUCCGCGCCGAACGUAUGGGGAUCUUGCGACAAAUUGGACAGACAGUGUUCAAGCGUUCUUCCUCUACUGACCGUGAGAAGGACCAAUCUCAAGAUCGGAGUGAAUCAGUGAGCCCCGAAGAAAAGGACAGCUCUCCAAGCCUCACACCAACCAUUUCCACCACAUCUACCUCAUCAUUCGUGCCUUGA